AUGGCCUUAAGAACCUGUAUGAAGGCCAACCUGAUGCUGAUCCUCACUGUCAUCUCUGCAGUGAUGGGAGUGACCAUCGGGUUGAUGUGUCGACAGCUUCAUCUCUCCACGGACACCAUCCUACUCAUCAGUCUCCCGGGGGAUACAUUCAUGAGGAUGCUGAAGAUGCUCAUACUUCCGCUGAUUGUUGCAAGCAUGAUCACAGGAAUUGCAAGCAUGGACACCAGAUCAUCAGGAAAGAUGGGUCUGUUCACCAUCGCCUACUAUGUAUCCACAACCGUCAUAGCCAUCUGUGUUGGCUUUGCCCUGGUGUUCAUUAUCAAGCCAGGAAUACAUGGCACAGUGACGUCAUCUGACACGCAGUCUCAGGAUUUUCAUGCUCCUUCGACAGUUGACAUGUUUCUUGAUCUCAUCAAAAAUCUGUUUCCAGAUAAUAUCGUGAGUGCUGCAAUUCAAAGUACAUACACGCUAUAUGUCAAGGAAAAGUACAUCGAUAUCAAGAGGGAAUCCCUAGAUGAAUAUGUGCACCAGAAUGUAACAAACACGUCCUACAGGGACGGUAACUCAACUCCUCUGGUACAACCUGAUGGGGGAAAUACUACAGAACAAAGGUCCAUAUGGACAGCCAAAACCGUCAACAAACCCGGCCUCAAUGUUCUUGGAUUGUUGGUGUAUUGUGCAGUAUUUGGGGCAAUACUUGGUAAACUGGGACACAAUAAUUGGGUCGUCUUCAAGUUCUUUGAGGAACUGAAUGAGAUCACGAUGGGCAUGGUGCGCAUCGUCAUGUGGUUCUCGCCCAUUGGCGUCCUGUCCCUCAUCACUGGAAAGAUCCUGAGUGUUUCCAACCUCGCUGGGAUGGUCCAUCACCUCGGGAUAUUCUUAGCUACAUUGCUCACCGGUCUCUUCGUGCAGGCUGUUGUGAUCAUACCGCUGAUAUACCUCAUCCUGACACGGAAGAACCCUUUCAGGGUGUCACUGGGAAUAGUGCAAGCUCUUCUGACCGCACUGGGCACCAAUUCUAGCGCUGCAACACUUCCAGUUACCAUUGAAUGUUGUGAGAAGAACCUUAAGAUAGACAGGACCAUCAGUCGGUUUGUGCUGCCCAUCGGUGCUACAAUCAACAUGGAUGGAGCUGCCAUCUUUCAAGUCGUGACUCCAGUUUACAUAGCUCAGCUCAGCGGAGUCCAUCUAUCCAUACUUGACGUUAUGGCUCUUGGUCUGUCAGCCACGCUUGCUAGUAUUGGGACUGCUGGUAUACCUAAUGCUUCAAUAGUUAUCAUCAUGACGUUUCUAACCUCUAUGGGACUACCAACAAACGAACUCUACAUAAUUUUGGCUAUGGACUGGUGUCUGGGGCGACUGAGAACUAUAACUAAUGUGAAUGGAGACUGCAUGGCCGCCGCGCUUCUCCAGCACUUCUUUCAUCAAAAUACAAACAAUGGCGCGGCAUCAGACAAUAAUCCAACCCGAGAAGACGAGGGACAAGAAGAGGCCAUUCAAUUAGAGGAAGUUCAAUCAUUUGUAUAGAAUUUGGAAUUUUGUCUGUGUGUACCGUUUCACUAUUCACUGAAAGUAGUUUCCACCUUUGAGCUUAUGUUGCACCCGAAGGACAAAAAGCGUAAAUCUGAAUUUCCUAUCUCGUUCCUUCGUUCGAUUGUUAUUUUACGCCGCACUCAGCAAUAUUCCAGCUAUAUGACGGCGGCCUGUAAAUAAUCGCGUCUGGACCAGACAAUCCAGUGAUUGACACCAUGAGCAUCG